AUGGGUAAACAUGAACGAGGCACACCUAAAGAUAUUGCGAAUAGGAUCAAAUCUAAAGGAUUACAGAAAUUGAAGUGGUACUGUCAAAUGUGUCAGAAGCAGUGUCGCGAUCAGAACGGUUUCAAAUGUCAUCUCACCUCAGAGUCACAUCAACGUCAACUGCUUCUUGUUGCGGAAAAUACUGGCUCGUUCCUCCGACAGUUCAGUAAAGAUUUUGAGUCGAAUUUCAUGCUGAUCUUGCGAACUUGUCAUGGGACAAAGCGGGUGCGUGCAAAUGAAGUUUAUCAGGAGUACAUUAAGGACAAAGGUCAUAUUCACAUGAACUCUACAAUUUGGCAUACUCUUACUGGUUUCGUGCAAUAUUUGGGAAACAGCGGAAAAUGCAAGAUUGACCACAACGAAAAAGGGUGGUACAUCCAAUAUAUCGAUCAAGAAGAAGUGCUUCGAAAAGCUGAGGAAGCGAAACGAGCAAAAGCAGAGAAAGAUGACGAAGAGCGACAGCAAGAGAUGAUUCAAGCACAAGUUCGGAGAGCUCUGGAGCAACAAGGUGAGAUAAUGGAGCCGCAAGCUACUGAACUUGUACGCACUGAUGAAAAUGAAAAGAUCACUCUAAAUUUGAACCUGGACAAGAAGCCUACAGCAGAGGACCUCAAACGACCCAUUCUAUCUGGGGUGUCAGUUUUCGAUCAAGUAAAAACCAAGAAGGAAGAACCUCAAAGUGAUGAAGAAAGGUCGAGGUCAAGGAGGCGGAGCAGAAGCAGAGAACGAGAUAGGUCCAGAGACAGGGAGUUUAGAAGGGAAAGAGAAAGAAACGGAAAAGACAGAGAAGUGAAGAAGGAGCGAAGUCGCAGUAGAAGCAGAGAUAGAUACAGGCAAGAAAGCAGUCCAAAGAGGAACAAGGACAAGCAAAUGUCAUCUCAUAAGCGAGAUGAGAAACCGAGGAAGUCGGCUUUGGAUGAAAUACGAGAGCAAGAAGAGCGGUUUAAAGAGAAGAAAAAUCGCAAGGAUUAUUGGUUGCAUGAGGGGAUCGUUGUUAAAGUAAUCACUAAGAAAUUGGGAGAUGAUUAUUACAAGUCGAAGGGAGUUGUCAAAUCUCUUAUCGAUGAAUACACGGCAAGUGUUGAGUUGGACGAUGGUACUCUUGUGAAACUGGAUCAGACACACGUUGAAACAGUUAUUCCUAGCGUGGGAAGGAAGAUGAAAAUUGUUAACGGUGCUUAUAGAGGAUCCGUAGGAAAACUAGAAAGCUUAGAUCAAGACAAUUUCUGCGUCAAUAUUCGUAUUUCGGAAGGACCGCUGAGUGGAAGGAGUGUUCAAGUCCCAUACGAAGAUGCUAGUAAACUAUCCUAG